GCAUUGCACAGUAACACCCCCAGCCCUACACACUGAAGCACAUCCCGGGGCUGCCCUGCCUGACAGACAUGUAUUACUGCAAUAGAGACAACUGCAAUCAAACAGACAAUGCCAAGGAUAAAGCACAUCCAAGGAAUCUGAUCCCGGAACUUUGCCGACAGUUCUAUAACUUGGGUUGGGUCACAGGAACCGGAGGAGGAAUCAGCCUUAAGUACGGGGAUGAAAUCUACAUUGCACCUUCAGGGGUCCAGAAGGAAAGAAUUCAGCCGGACGACCUGUUUGUUUGUGACAUAGACGAAAAGGACAUCAGCAGCCCCCCGCCUUACCGAAACUUAAAGAAGAGCCAGUGCACCCCACUUUUUAUGAAUGCUUAUACCAUGAGAGAUGCCGGCGCUGUGAUCCACACACAUUCCAAGGCCGCCGUCAUGGCUACUCUGAUGUUCCCAGGCAAAGAGUUCCUUAUCACACACCAGGAGAUGAUCAAGGGGAUAAAAAAGGGCACCUCCGGUGGCUAUUACAGAUACGACGAUAUGUUGGCCGUGCCCAUCGUGGAGAACACUCCAGAAGAAAAAGACCUCAAAGAACGCAUGGCAAGGGCGAUGACUGAAUAUCCCGAUACCUGCGCUGUGCUUGUCCGCCGUCACGGAGUCUACGUCUGGGGAGACACUUGGGAGAAGGCUAAGACCAUGUGCGAGUGUUACGAUUACCUGUUUGAAAUCGCGGUUCAGAUGAAACAACAUGGAUUGGACCCAUCAGCCAUCCCCACUGAAGAGAAAGGGAUUGUUUAACCUGAUUACCUGGGUCGGAUAGUAACAGAACUUUUAUCUCCUAUUCCCACAUUUCACACUGUUUGUUACCGUGCCGUUAGAGUUCAUUAAUCCCCUGCUGAAGAGCAGAUACAAGUAGCCACUCCCCCCAUGUGCAAGUGGAAAGGAUCCCGCGAGACCUGGCUGUUAAACCGGACCUGUUUUGGAGGAAGUCAAACCAAUUCGGCACAAAGUUGGCUCCCCGGUUUGGAAUUUUAACAGCAAUCUGGUUGCUAGGCUGCUAUUCACUGAGAGACGAGGGCCGGAGGAUAAGUAGAAGAAGUAGCAAUGAUGCUGUAGCCUUACAGAGCAACAGAAUAAUGGUUGCCGGGGUCGGUGACCCCUCUGAGAGACAAGAUGCCAUUUUGAACUGCAAGUUGGAAACAGGCAGAAGAGAGAGUCAAAUGAUUCAAUAACCGAUAAAGACCAGUUGAAAAGCAGCAACAAAAAGGCAAACUACCCCCUGUAAGUGCAAUAAGAGCCUAUUCGGAAAUAAUUCAGCCCCCACUGCAGCCUGGGGAAUUUUAUUUCCUCUAGAGUUUGUAUAGUUCUGCGCUCUACCGUUUGUCCAUCCACGAUCCCAUCCCAUGAUGCUCUACCUCAAACGCUGUUCCUCAUUGGUCGUAGCAUUUGAGUAACCAUGGCACCUUAUUCCCUUCUGUGGAGCUGUUGGUAUUGCGCUCUUCUGGGUACUACACGGGGAAAAAGAUUCUGAUUUACUCCUGGGCAAUUACUCGUAACAGCCAAUGAGAUCUUUGCUUUCAUUUUUUAACUUAUACCAGGCUGGUAAGAGCUGAUUGGUUGCUGUUAAAAACGACAAACGUGCCAUUUUGCACAGAUGUUAAAGGUUAAGUUACUAUAAAUAUAUAUAUUCCGCCCUUU